AUAUGGUAUAUUAUUGUUGUUGCAGAAUAAUUUUAGAAAGCCAAAGUAAUGGAGUUGCAUAAAGUCUGACUUUGAAUAAUACUGUUGAAAUAAAUAACGAUGUGCCUAAUAAACCCGAAUAUACUUAUCUAUUUUAGAACUUUUAGAAAUUUUAGAACUUCCUGAUCUACCUAAUGAUUGAUUCACUGACGAUGAAUUAGCAGCAAUAGCAAACCUUUAUAAUCAUAAUACAUACAUAUUCAAUGACACUGACAAAGCGAUCAGCACAAUUUACUUGCCGUAGUACUUGAGGCGAAUUACUUGUCCACUUUUUUAGACAGCAGCCACACGUCUUUAAUAAUCCAGUCAAAUCGUUCUGAAUUCUUAAUAAUUCAUCAACGUGUCAGCGCCGAUCAUAAUAUCGUCGAAGUGCGUGGAUUUAGUCAAUACACUUUUUGCAGCAGAAAACCCAGACCCAUUUUUAGCGUCUAACUCAUAGAAGCAUUUUAGGGUGAGGUAAGAAGCUGACGUAACACCAUACGUAACUGUGCAUAACUCAUAUUCAAUAAUCUCGGACUCGACUGAGUCUUGCCACAAAAUAUGCUGAUACCAUGGAAGUCUGCGUCUCGGACUAAUACCUGGCGAUACAUUUUUGUAAUAUCAGCGGUUAACACACAACGCUUAAGCCUAUUCUUUUGAAUAAUGUCGAAUAUAUCGUUUUGAAGUGUAUGACAGUUAAUAAUACGUUAUUCAAGGAAUAUCCGGUUGAUGUGGUGGCACUUGCGUCAAACACCACACGUACUUUUUCGACAUUUACGCCAUCGCGUUUUACUACGGCAUGAUGCGGUAUGUAAUAAUAACCAGGUUGAGUGACCAGCCACUCAUAUGACCCAGAUUGGCAUAUUCAGCUAUGAAUGCGCAGUACUCGGCAUAUAACAUUGGAUCUUCCAUUAAUCGCAUUUCUAAAUUAUACGGCGGCAACGUAUCAGGGGGCUGAUUAACACAUUCGGAACUACAAACGGAAUCGCGAAAUGGAAACCUUCAAAUUUUAGCCUGCUGAGAAGUAUUGCUCCCAACGUAGCACUGCACAUACCUAAAACUACAGGUCGAAACGAGAUUUGGAAUGCUGAAAAUUUGAAACCCAAAGACGUCAGCAAUAGAUAUGAAAAGAAUUAUACAUGGAAGAAUGCGUAUAAACCUGGACUUAAGCCGAACAAUGACGCCGAACGUUAUCCAGUGAGCAAUGUAAAGCCGUAUACGGCCCAGGAUAGACUUAUGAAAUAUCGUAAAAUUGACGAACAAGAGUCAAAUAAAUUCAAACAACUCGAAAAUAGACAACAAUUUAACACCAAUAAUACACGUAAUUCACCUCAAAACACUUCCGUAUUAGCUAAUAAUUCCUUUAACACAAACAUAUCACAGUCAAAAAACAAUCUUUCAACUCAACCGUUAAAAAUAUUGUCGGGAAAUAUUUACACGUCAACUCAAGAAAACAACACUUUAAUAAAUAAUCCGAACAACUUUAAUAGAAAACCGCUUAAGAAAUUAACAAAAAUUAUUGAAACAUCAGAAGACCUGGAAAAAACUAAAGAAAAUAGAACUUUACGAUGUGAAAAUAAUAACAAAAAAACCACUACUAGAACUCGUACACAUGAUAUUAAAAAACAUUUAUGGAAUAAAAGGUACUUAUUGUUCUCUAAAUUCGACCAAGGAAUCAUGAUGGACUAUGAAUCAUUUUACUCCGUUUGUCCCGAGAUUUUAAGCAAACAUAUAGCGUUGAGAUUCCCUGGUCUAGACGUCGCUAUGGAUCCGUUUUGUGGUGCUGGGGGAAACGUCAUCCAAUUGGCCAAGAGAUACAAACAUGUAAUCGCAGUGGAUAUCGAUGCUAAUAAAUUAGAAUUCGACAAAAGAAACGCCGAGAUUUAUGAAGUCAGGGAGAAAAUUACAUUUAUACAGGGAGACUUCUUCGAAAUUGAGGAAACUUUGAAAAAAUAUAAGCCACAAGUCAUAGUGACGUCUCCCCCAUUGGGCGGCCCAUCGUAUAAGAAACACGAAGUUUACAGUCUCGAGAAGCAUAUGUGUAAAGACUACGAAGGAGGCGGUAGAAAACUCUUCGACCUGCUGAGAAGUAUUGCACCCAACGUAGCACUGCACAUACCUAAAACUACAGGUCGUAACGAGUUAAUACAAUUUGGAAAAUUAUUCGAUCUCAACAUGAAAAUUCAACACAAUUAUAUCGACGAAAGACAUGAUUCGAUAACUGCGUUUUUCGGUCGAUUUUUCAAUAUGAACACGAAAUUCUUAUCUAACGACAACAAACUUUAUUCAGCUCAAGACCGACUUAACCAGUACAAGAACACCGUUACUCCGAAAGAAACGCAGCCUAAACAGUAUGGCACAGAGAACACAGAUAUGAACCCAUAUGAAGUUAAAGUAAAAUACUGCAAAGAACGAAAUCUCAGCACUGAGACCUAUACAACAAAAGACCUAUGUACUAAGAAAUCAACAUUAAAACUAGGCGAGACGCAAAAAAUAAUGAUAGUUCAAAAACGUACGAAGACGUGUUAUCUUGUACACUCUGUGGAGAGUAGAAAUUCUGUUAUCACCUUGUGCGAUAAACUACGCGAAAUGGAAAAUAACUUGAGAUGCAUCCAGAAAGUUGAAAAGUACGACAUGUGCUUGAUAUUUUUUGGCGCUGAAUGGUACCGUGGGAAAAUUAUGGACGAGACGAACGAUGGUAUGUAAAAAAUUUACUUGAUUGACAUAGAACAAACGAUGUUGUUUAACCGAAAAGAUGUCUAAGAAAU